AAAAAUGCCGUAUCAAGGAAGUGCGGAACAGAGCACGAGUACUAGUAGUACACACCGUACUGUACGGUACUGUAAGAGAGAGGAUCGUGAAAAUUUUCAUCCGAGACAAAAAUUAUACUGUAACCAUUUUCUUUUUUUGAUGCCGUCGACCCGCAUUGCUUCUUCCGGACUGUCGCCGCGAUUUGUCUUCCAAACAUUUGUAACCAAGAAAAGCAACUAGGGGAGAGAGAACACACAACGCGCAUCUAACGAGCCCUUCCAGUUUGCGUUGAUUGUUGCGGUCACAGAAACGGAGAGAAUCAAUCAUGGAGAGACUUACAAUAAACUGCAAGAAAAGACUGUGGAUUUCUUCGUCGUUUCGAAUGGUCGCUCUGUGCUGGUUUUGUAUAGUAUUAUCAACGCUGACGAUAAGGGCUUCACAAGCACAAUCGCAGCAGCAAAAACACGCGUCAAUAAAUUACAGCAGCAACGACAACGAUGGAAACAGCAACGCCUUUUUGACAGAGGACUCGGUGGUUCUGAUCACCGGUGCCGCGGGCUUUUUGGGAAGCGAGCUGGCCCUGGCUCUCCACCGGACCUAUUCUCCAAAGCGAAUCAUUUGCGUCGAUCGAAUGGGAGACCAUCCCGACACCCAGGAGGAACUUGCUCUCUUUGAAUUCCAGCGGCAGCGAGCCUUCAACGUUAUGCAGACCCUGGGAGAGAGGGGCCAGUUUUAUCGGGUUGACUUUUCUCCCAUGAUUCCGGAAUACUUUGACAUGGGCGAAGUCCCCGUCCUCGACCACAUCUUUCGAGAAAAUCCCGACAUUAGUCACGUGGUACAUCUGGCCGAUCCCUUUCCACAUUCAGCCCUGCAAGCUGUUCCGCGGGAAAAGGAUGUGCCCAAGGCCGGGAUGAUGGAGGCCUUGUUGGAGCAGCUCGCCAAGCACGAGCGAGACGCCAGGAAUGCGAAUAAGAACCCCGACGGCGAGAGCGAUACGUUCGUCUACGUUCCUCCAAACUUUGUUUACGCGAGUUCCUUUGAGGUGUAUCCCCACCAUACGUCGUUGCUGAACCUCGGAUCCGACAAAUCAAAGAUGGAGGCUGUCCAUAUCUUGCUGGAAGAAAAACAAACGCUGAGCACCCCAACAUCCUUGCGGGGUGCGUCCAAAAUGAUGGACGAAAUGAUUGCCAAACUCUACUAUGAUACCAAGGGAUUGUACAGCGUGGGACUGCGCUUUUUCUCGGUUUACGGCCCGUGGGGGGUUCCCGGCAGCCCUCUCUUCGAGAUGGCGGAACGAGCUAUCACGGGUGAUCUCGACGGUCUCCGGGAGGAGCACGAAAUCGAGAACUUUCACUCUGGCCUGAACGGCGUCGAUAUCGACAACGACGAGACCGAUCCGAAGAACAAAAACGACUCGCACCGCAACGAUUGGAAAAAGUCGAUAMACGAUUUUGUGUACAUCGACGACGCCGUUGACGCCAUGAUGGCGGCAAUGCAAUUCCGAUCCGAUCCAUCGCCAGAGAGUUCUGCCGAUGGGAGCCAUGCAAAUUCUCCGCACCCCAUCAUUUUCAACGUGGCGAGCGGUGAGGGCCAUUCGCUGGAAGACGUCCUCGGUGUGAUGCAAGAGCACUUUCCUCCGAAAAGCAAGAAAAAGUCCGAUGGACGAAGAACAAAAAGCAGUGAUGUCACCGGUACCAUUGGUUCCACGAAACGAGCCGAAGCGUUCCUUGGCUACAAACCACAGGUGUCUCUGCGUGAGGGGAUUACCAAGAUGCUGGCUUGGCACUACGAUCGUGCCUUUCCGUACGGUGGGCAAAAGGACAAGAACAUCGAUGCUAGCAAGGCAGCAAAACUCGAGUAUGUUACCCAGCAGGGCAUUGUUGGUUGCCUCCAAUUCGACAAGGAAUGCCUGAGAGGAAUUCCGAUUUUUCCAUGUGCUUCCGAGUGUUCCCACCAGGCUCAAUGUACCAAGUCCUCGUACGACGAGGUAAUUGCACUCACCCAGAAACUGACAUCGAAUUGCGAGUCUGUCCUGUACACGGUCGAUCUCGACGAGUCACUCUCGGGUCUUCCAUCGGCCAAUCCAAAAAUCCAAACGUCCAAGUCCUUUUUCAAGGGCACUUGCAAUGUGGCAUUUGUGUCGCAGCAGAGCUUGUUGGUCAAAUCGCACCAAAACACACCCGCAAAGGGGGACGGCCAUCUCCGGGACGGACCGUGGGUGCUCGUGCCUUUGAAUGUGGUCCCGUCGAAUGUAGCGGGAGCCAUUGGUCGUGAUGGCAACGAUUAUAGCGACCUGAUCAACAAAAACGACGUUCUCAGGCUCUUGCCCAAGUUGUCGCCGGGUCUUUUCUUUGGAUCCAAAAAAACCAAACGUGCGAUUUAUGUUGAUCCGGUUAUCAUGAUUGAAAACAUUCCAAAAUUGGUACAGGAGUCUUACGCGCAGCCAUACAACAAAGACAUGGAAGGAGCAACCGCAAUGCUUAUUGGUAGAGGUACUCCCAGGGAUUACUUUUCUGACGAUGGUGACGACGAAGAAGAAAUUAUCUUGAAACUGGAUGAUCCAAACUACGAACACCAAGUCUUGCAACCCAAGAAUGCAUUGGUUCAAAAUGCUGCCUAUCGCAUGGUGAAGAUUUCCGUCUCUGACAAUCUGUUCGGAGACGGAUUUACGGAACUAUUGGAUUCUCGUUGGAUCGUGCAUGGCCUUGGAUCCAACGACGGUCGCCUCUUUCGGUGCGAUGUUCUCGGAGAAAUUUUACAGUGGGAAGUCACCUCCGACAAGUCUGCCUUGGAAUUUGUCCUUGGUCUGCACGAUAUGUGGAGCAGAGUCAUUGCCAAGGCAUCUGGCAUUGGUUCCUGGUGGAUCGGGGAGAACGUUGUCACCGUCCCCGAGGGAAAGCGACGGAGGUCGACCGGAAGACGCAGAUUGCUCGAAGAAGAAGGAGAAGCCCCGGUGACCGAGGACAAUGACGACGGAGAAAAGGGUGAGAGUGCGGCAGAUGAUGACGAAGCUGGGGUAAAGGACGAAGGUGGUGAAACCGCUGCAGAUAACGACGAAGCUGAGAAAAGGGAGGAAGGAGAUGAAACCGUGGCGGAUGAUGACGAAUCAGGGGGAAAUGAUAGAAAAUCGGAAACCGAGGCAGAAGACGAUGGUUCCGAGGAGGAGGAACAAAAUCCCGACGAUGCUUCUAGAGACGGGGAAGAAAGUGAAGAAGUUGCCGUGGUAGACACUGCCAAGAGAAAUUCAAGAGAAAAAGCAAGUGCUCCAGAAACUAGAGAGGGGAGCGAGAAAAAGGAGGAACCAGAGGAAGAUACGGCAGACGAUGACGAAUCCGAGGAGGAUUCUCAAGAACAAAAUCCUGAGGAUACUUCCGGAGAAGGCGAGGCAAAUGACAGAGGGGAAUUUGUUGCCGAUGCAGUUGCCCAGGAAGAGGUGACGGCCGACGAAGAAAAGCGAGGUGAUAGUUCCGACGAAAUUGAAGAAGCCGGGGUAGGCGACGAAAAGGAAAGAGAAAGUGGUGAACAAGAGUCAGAACAACGCGAUUUUAGUUCUUACGAUACAUGGAUGGGGAUACUAUCGAGCUCUAACGUCAAAUACUUUGUUCGAAUUGUUCCUUCUUCUGAAGUUGGGAUUGUAUCUAUUGAAAGUUCUUAAACGAAAUUUUCAAUACGGAAAAAAGGAACAGUCUCUGAUGAAUGGAUUUUCUUCCGCCUCCGAUUCCCUCCCUUCACGCAUAAAUGCUUCUUAUUCCG